CGUGUACGGAAUUAGACGUUUUUGAAACCAAAACCCAGUAGGAAAGGACUCACUCAUUGUUCCACACAGAGCUGCUGUGGGAGUAUUCCAGAAAUUCCUUACUAAAGGCAAAAACACUCAAUAGUGAACGGGGAUGGUGUGAGGGUUCUUACUUCUCACCAGGCAGUGAAAUUGUGUUAAAGCUGAUAGCAAAUUUGUAGCUUUAGUUUUUUUGAAUCGAACUUGGUGCGUUGUUCGGUUCCGGAAAAAUCAGUGGAGCCGCGCGGUAGUUUCUGAGUGAGUGAGUUUGUUAAAGAGUAUCUCUCGAGAGUCUUGUUUGAACCAGGUUCGGACGGGAAGGUCGUUGGGAACUGACACGUACGUGUUUUCUUUGAAGAUAAGACGGAAUUAAUUACGGAGGAAUUUUUAUAUUUGUGAUGAUUGUGGAGUGACUGGUUUAAUAAGGGAAAAAUUAAACCUUCACACGAUAAUCGCUGUCGUGAGCUGGGAGAUCAUCCGGUGAGAUUGAAUUACGACCUGAGUGGGUCGUAUCACCGGAAGCGAAAAUUUUGUUACUUUGUACUGUGAGAUGAAGUGAACGAAGGAGGAAAAAAACCAUAGCAGGGAAGAUUCUCUUCACUUCCUGCGGGUGAAAUCGUUAAAGGAAAGGAAAAGUAGCACAUCACUGCGCUAUUUCACUAUAUUUGUUGUAUAUUUAGUGCUAAUAAACCGAAAUUCCAGCACGAACUACGAAUGCAUCACUGGGUUUCGUAGACGGACGAGGCGAAAGUACAUAGUGUGUAGUGCAGAAAGUUGUGUACAUACAAACUGUUGAAUGUUAUUUCGACAAUUCAGCAGUAGUUUAGUAUUGAAUGAAACAUUGAAAUACGGAUUAAAAAGUUAAUUGCGAAACUUCGCAACAUUCCUUCGAAACCAACUGUGACUAGAAGCGAAUGAGUGGGAACAGAAAUCCAACGAUCAAGUGAAUUCGCUAUUCGUACGAAAAAGGAAUUACUCAGUUUAAUUCUAGUUUAUCAAGUAUGUGUACAUACCAGGUCAUGAAUUUCUAUAAACAAGUGCACUCCGGCUGAACCCCUUCCAGGCAGACCGAUCCCGAACGCGAACCCGAACCAGAACCCGGAUCCGGAAGGGGCUGAGCGGAAGCGGCGAGACGGCGGAGAAUAAUGGGAAACUCUUGAACAUGAAACCUGGUACUGAAGCUGCAAGGAGGACAUUUUCCAAGAAAUGGAAUGCAUAAUCACGAAGCUCUCCUACCACCACCGGAAAAUGUGCACAUCGUUUUCGCUACCAGCCAGCACUUUCGAAACAUUGAUACAACCGAACAGUAGGCGUGCCACCAACAAAUCAUUGACAACUGGUUGCUCAUUGUUUUUUGUGUGAACCUCUUCAGCUGCUGUCAGUUGUGCGUAGUGUGACCGGAGUCAAUCCGUUGGAAAUUAGUCGUUUUGCACUUUGCACAUCCUAGGCCCUUAGUGUCACUAGAAUCGUAGUUAAGUACAACCCGUGUGUUUUGUGUGACAACCGACCGUGAAAGGAACUUGAAAUUGUUGUAAGGUUAAGCAGAAGCCCUCUCUCAGCACAAUGAGCUUUUUCAGUUCACUUCAGCAGUACGUGACAAGUGGAGUGGCAGGGCUGGGACUGAAUCCGCGCCGAUUUUCCCUUUCCCGGCAGGAAUCGUCGGAAGGUUCCACGCCGAUGGCCGGUGCCAGCAGUCCCAGUCCGCUGAUGCUGAUGGAUCCAAGCAAAAUGAACAACACCGGCGGUAUCAUGCUGGGACCUCCCGGAUCCGGUGGUUCUGCCGGCAGCAGCGGUACCGGCUUCGGAGCAAUGGGUCCCACAGGUUCUGUUGGUUCAAAUCUAGGCUAUCCCAAAGUGGUGACACCGUGCGGACCCGGAGGUACAAUCACUUCUUCGGGUGGUGCAGGAAACCCCACCGGCUUGGGCACUGGCGGUGGUGCCAGUGCCGGUGCGGGUGGUAGCGGCGGAGGUGCAGGCGGUGCUGCCAGUGCUUCCGGAAGUAGCAAUAGUAUCUCCGUAGGGGGCAGUGGACCCUCGAUUCGUCGACAAUCAUCGUCCCGUGGUUUGGAUGCGCUGGUACCGCCCGGCAGACAGGGCUCAUUCCGAGGACGCAACUCCCCGACGGCACCGGACAAACCAUCGUUCUCGGUCUGGAAACGACGGCCCUCCUGGCCGGAGGUCGAAAUUAAAUCGUCAUCCGGCCGCCGCCACCGGUUGUCCCCGACGCCCAUCAUUACGAUACAGGGGGAACCGGACCCGGCCACCGGUACGGAUAAAGACGAAAGCGUAACCGAGAUUGUAUAUCGGUUCGACAAAAUGAACCCACCCUAUAACAGUGUGCUUAGUGCCAAUAACAAUAGUGUACAAGAAAAUGACGGAUCCUAUUUCGAAAGCUUCACUGCCCUAUCGUGGAAGAACGAAAAUCGUCGCUUGUCGGCGGUCCGAGCGGUGGAAACCCGUGCGGAAGUGCUGCCCGAGAACGAUAACGACCGGCUGCUGGAGGACGACAUCGAACGUUCCGAGCAAAAGGAGCAUCUCUACAUGGAUGUCCUGUACGCGAUUGCCAAUACGGUCGGUGCUCCAGCACCCGGUGGCCAGUACAGUGAAAAAAAGCUGCUGCAAUUCGCGCACUACAAAGAGGAAAUGUAUCUUCAGGCGCAGCGGGUGUUUAGCGUCUCGGCCGACCGGCACUACCGGCUGCUGCAUGCGGCAAACGAGGAGAAACCCAAGAUUAUCGUACUCACCGUGGUCGUCCAGGAAGCGGAAGGACUCGAGGCGAAGGAUGCAAACGGUUUCAGUGAUCCGUACUGUAUGCUCGGAAUACAACCAUCGGGAACGCCACCGCCACCGUCACCGCAACCUCCGAUGACGCCCCGUACACUCUCGGACACCGGCAUGGACAGUCUGGACUCGCCGGAACACGGGAAACUGCGUAAACACCACAGCUUCCGGUUGAGCUUCAAGCGUAAGGACGGUCGUCAGCAGAGGGAUUCGGUCGGUCCGGUGCCGGCCAAGUUCAUCCGGGCGACGUCGGUCAAACCGCACACUCUGUGUCCGAAGUGGAACGAGAAGUUCAAAUUCGAUAUCGAUGACAUUCAUUCGGACAUGUUGCACUUGGACAUUUGGGACCACGACGACGAAAGCAGCGUGCUAGACGCUGUUUCGCGACUGAACGAAGUUAGAGGAGUUAGAGGACUAGGUAGAUUUUUCAAACAAGUGUGCCAAUCGGCACGACAGGGUUCGCAGGACGACUUUUUGGGUUGUAUCAAUAUCCCAGUCUGUGAUAUUCCCUCGACUGGUUUGGAGGGAUGGUUUAAACUAGAGGCCCGUAGCUCACGUAGUUCCGUACAGGGCCGAAUACGGUUGAAGCUGUGGCUUUCAACACGCGAGGAUCGCGGAAACUCCGAGGAAGACAACACACUGGAGGUCAAAAAGUUCGAACGGUUGCAAACCAUUUUUAUGAUGCACGAACUACACGCCCAUGAUCCGGCGUGGAAGUGGAAUGGUGAACUGGCAGGUGCAUCGCUUACCAUCCUGCAUCAGAUAGCAGUUCAAAGUGAUCUCUCGGAUAUGCAAAUCUCCCUAGCAAAACUCGUGGCCAUCGUUCGGCUUAACCGGAAGAAACCGUUGGAUACGAAAUUCAUUCAUCGACAACUGAUCGAAGUGGACAAACUGUGGGUUAACAACUACAACAACGAACCGUUAACUCACGAACUCGAACAGUGGCUAGCGGACGCGCUGAACGGAUUCGUAGAGCGUUCGCUCAGUCACAUGCGACGUCACCGGGAAGUGUUUCCCGCAUUGCAUCCGCCGUCUCUGGUGCGGCUAGAAUUUCUGCUCCGAUGUCUGGGACUGCUCGGAUCUAUGCGAGCCUUCCGCCAGGUUAGCCCAUUCAGUAAAGGUGUUCGCGGAGAAAUUGUCGGAGCACUACGGAAGGGUUCCAUUACCUGGUCCCAAGCGCAACUUCGGGAAGCUCAACGGGCACCGAACCCGUUGGUACAUUACACAACGAUACUGAUAGCCGAUCUACAGCUCGGAGUGACCUACUAUCACUCGUUGUUUGACACAACCAACGGAAUUCAGUACUUCAGUAUUGUUUACAAACAGUUUGAUUCUUUGCUCUCCGAGGAGGUAACCAAUCGGAUCGAGUCCGGUCAGCUGCCGGGAACCAUCGUCAAUCACUGGUCGAUACUGGAUAACGAUCGAGAACCGGACACGGCCCCGUUCGAGAUUUACUUUGCCCUGCAGGAGUUUCACAACAUGAAAUCGCACCUGUCGGUGACUCCGCAACCGCCCGAGAAACCCCUCGGGCUGCAGAACUUUCACGAAUGGUUUGAACCGGCCGUCCAGCGAUGGAUCUCCGUUAGCAAAACGAAGGCGAUCCAACGAAUCAAGGCUGCCGUCAACGUGGAUCAGGUUUGCGAGGGUGAACGGAUUGUGCGGCACAGUACAUCGUCGAUCGAUACGGCCUCGUGCUUCUAUCAGAUACGGGAGUUUUGGAAGAACUUUGCUUGGCCGGAUCAAGGUUCGGGAGCACACUACGAAGCGCUGAUCAUCGAUUUGGUGUGCACCACCGCGAACGUUUACUCGGAUUUGAUUCAUCAGAACCUGACGGAAAGCGGUUACUACGACAAGUCGGGACCACAGCGCACCAAUGACGAUAUGUGUGUGAUCGUCAACAAUUUGGAAUAUGUCCGACGUGCUCUGGCUGAGUUCCACCCGGAAACCCACCAUCUGACAGAGAAUGCGGAAAAUUUACUAGACAACACAAUUGCUCAACUGGAAAAUAAAGCGGACCGGAUGCUGGCUAAGCUGACGGCAUCGAUGCAAGGACCACUGCAGAAGGCAGUUUUCCAUCUGGCUUGGUCACCGGAUUCAUUGCCUGCCAAUCAAGCGGUGAUGCCACUGCUUGAAUAUCUGGACUCUCAUCUAGCAACACUGAAUGUUACGCUUUUAUCUCAAAACUUUUAUCGCGCUAUGAGCCUCAUAUGGAACAACGUUUUGGCCGAAUUUGCGAAACAGAUGGAUGCCGGUGGGGAAGGUGAUAAGCCCAGCAACUUUCACGAUCGGAUGUACGGAGCGCUGCAGCUGUUGGGAGAAUUCUUCAACGCUGAAGGGCUUGGACUACCACCGGAAAUUCUUCACAGUGAUCUCUACUGGCGCGUUGCUCAAAGACUACAGUACCACAAAACGGACACCGACCAUCUGAUCGAUCUUUUCUAUCUCCAGAGACUGCACGAACAGCUGAACACCCACGGACCGGUUGGGCUCGGAGUUCUCUCGGUCAAAGCAUACUUUAACCAUGAUUCGCUGUGUGUCGAGGUACUGAACGCGAAAGAUGUCAUACCGCUGGAUCCCAACGGUUUCAGUGAUCCGUUUGUGAUCGUCGAACUGAUGCCGCGGCGGUUAUUUUCCCACUGCUCCGAACAGCAAACGAACGUGCACAAGAAAACCCUCCACCCGGUGUUCGACGAAUGUUUCGAGUUUUCCGUCACACAAGAACAGUGCCAAGCCGAAGCGGCAAUGAUUGUGUUUACCGUGAUGGACCACGACGUGUUGACGGCGAACGACUUUGCCGGGGAAGCAUUUUUGGCGCUGACGAACAUCCCCGGCGUGUCGAGCAACUUCAACAUGAACAUCGAAAAUUUUGACUGUGUGGCUCAAAUUGAUUUACCGUUGCUGGAAAUGAAGGACAAAAGUCACCCGAUUCUGCUGAUUCUCGAAGGAAGGGUCAACGACAAGAAUGCCAUGGAAUUUAUCAGGAAACAGAAAGCUCGCGUAGUAGGCUAAGCAUACAUAUGUAUUGUAAAGAAGAUAAUCUCCUAUGUCAAUCAGAAAAGUAUAGCUUUUCACAUACACAAAAACAAAAUCAAGCGAAAAUCAAUGAUUUGCUUCCAGCGUCUUGUGCAGGAAUUCCAUCGCUCUCUGCUUUCGAAAUUGGUCAUCAACAACGUUUUACUACAAAUCAAAUUGAAAUAACAGAACUAUUUCCACGACAGCUAAUUUUUGUAAGAAAAAUUACCUAUAGGACUCUUUCGCAAACGAGUAUUCAAUGCCUUCACUACGAUAUGAGCCAACUAACGUAUGUGUGAACCUGUAAACCCAUUUGCCAUUUGCCAUUUGCCAGUCAACCCUUUAGAAUGCCAUGUAGCUCCUAUUUAGCACUAGUGAACUUGUGAGAUAGAAAGAGUAGUAAAUCCCAGCAAAUAAAGAGACUAACCUUUUACUACUAAGAUGCACAAUAUGAUGUACUAUUGUUUAUUUUUUAUGAAAGAGCAUAUUUUUAUACGAAUCUGAUUUGAAAUCUAUACAAGUACCGAGUAUCGUUAAGUUUAGCUAUAUAAAAGAAAAAAACUCUUGUAUAUUUGACUCUUUGUAAAGUAAACUUUAGAAAUUCUAUACGAAUAAGUUUAUACAAGAAAUGACUAUUGACGGUGUAGUGAAAUGAAAUCAAGUCUUUGAACACGUUAAAACAAAAAGCUAUUUUCUAAUCUCCACCAGGAACAAAAGGGAAAAAAAGGGAAUGAAAAACACAAAAUACAAUUAACUCUUAAGCUGUAAAUUUUCUCGAACAAACUGCAGAUAUUUUCUUAUGAAUGAAUAACAAAAAAAAACAACCUAAACAAACGCAAAAUCAUGGAACCGGACCGGAUGCUCGCGUAUACAGAAGGCCGGCCGUUCCGCUUGUAUAAAAGGGAUUUGUUUAAUAACGGCAUACAACUCAAACACACACACACACACACAUACACAUACACGCUAAUUACAAUAUGUACCACAAGCAAACAUAUACGCCCAUACACGUGCAUAGAGCGAACAACAAUAAUCAAUAUGUGCACUAGGACAUCAAUCAUUGUUUCAUACCACGUGUUUUGUGGAGAGAGAGCAAAUUUAAAAAAAAAGGAAGCUAGAAACUACUCUACUCUGUGGAAGUAUUUUGUCUAAACGGUAGGAUCGAUGUGCUGCUUAUUUCUACAAUUGUUUUAGUGUUUUCUGAACCUGAAGUAGCAGUUCGAAACAAAAAUUCAACAGUGAUCAAGAUAGCCAAAUGUCCAGAAUGUGAAAAGUUUUUUUUUAUGUUCAUAUGUUUAUUCAAAUUAUUGUCUAUCAGUAACUUUUUAUGAAUUUCAAUCCCAACUGAAUUUCUUACUGUUCAAGUCCGAGAACAAAUCGAACCAAUUUUUGAUUCCGUCGAUUGAAAUGAAAUGUGACCCGAUGACAGUGUUCUGCAUCGAUCGAAACAAGUGGUCGGAUGGUGCCAAAUUUGAACCGUGAGGCGUGUGGAACAGAAACUUUGACUUGAUCGUGUAAAAAUAGGUAGCGAGCAUUGCUAAAGUUGCCAUGACAAAAGUUUGGGCAAUCUUACAUUUACCUAAACAUUGAGGUUAUAAUUUUUUCCAACAAUUUUUUUGUGGUUUGAUGUUUAUAAUAACAACAAGCUCAUCUAAGCAAUUACUUUUUUCCCUGAAGCGACAUCCGUGUUAAAAACCUACAUUCACCUAACUCGGUUUUCACCGUGUAGUGAUACCCGUAAUAAGGGCCUUUGUUUACUUUCUCUUCUAUUAAUUACCAAGCGGUUUCCACGUUUAUCACUCAACUUUUUACAUGAAAUGAUACCCGAAACUUUCGACUUUCAAACAGAAUAGUGAUAUCAAAGAAAAUCUUUUUAAUCACAUCACAAUAAUCGAAAUAGAGAGUGAUUAAAGAAAAACUGUCACUUGCUUAUACGCCCUUUUGAAAAAUUAACUGAGAAAUAUCGGGAUCCGGAAUUUGUUCAUCAUAAUAUCGCAUAUUUGAUUCACAUUGCACAUCUCUACGGUCCUUUUUAGUAAUAUUUCAUGAUGUACGCGAAGAAUAAAAUUAUUUGAAAACUGAUCAACGUAACAUUUUCUCCUAUGCUAAAAUUGGAGCUGAAAAUUUUCAUCGCUUAAAACAGAAUCUUGGGUGCUGCAUAAAUAACAAAGUUGGAGAAUGAUUUUGUAAAUGUUGUAACGUUGUAAAUAAGUUAUAAAUAAUUUUAAUUGGAAAUUAGAUUUUCGUUGUAUUUUGACAGAUAAAUUUGCAAUCAUCGUCCUCGCACACGUACGCCUCUGGCUGUGAAACACAACUAGGGAUGUCGUAAUAUCGAGCGACUAGUCGAGUAAUCGAUUAAUAACCCAGAUAAUCAAGUAAUAUUUAAUCGAAUAGCUUAAAACUAAUAUUCGAUUAUUGAGCUAAUCGAAAUAUUUAAAAAAUCCCAUAGUAACAAUCGAAUGAAUAAUCGAGUAAUCGAUUAAUAACCCAGAUAAUCGAAUAAAUUUCAAUCGGUUAGUUUCAAAAUUAUACUCGAUUAUUGAAUAAUCGAGUAAUUUGAAAUUUCCGACUUCCCUAAACACAACGAUGUCUCAACAACCUUCACUGAAUCCAUUUUGGUAGCCGUCUGGUGGCCAUGGCUGCCCAGGCAGCCAAAAGGCCGAGCGGGUCCCCGUUGCUACCCGCUUGUGAGAAAUUCUGGAAGCCUGGCAAGAUUCCGGAAGUUGUCAAAAUUUUUCAGGCGAAUUUGCGCCAUUCUCUCGUCACGUCACGUCUUGCAAGAUCGAUCUACCGUCUUUUUUCUGUUCGACUUCAUUUGAUAUUCGUCAAUCCUGCAUGUACAUCCAAAAAUGAAUACGAGUCUUGAGACCAAAUGUUUAGUAGUGCAAAAGCUAUAUUAUUGCUUUUCAUUUUAACUUCUAAUGGAAAAAAUAAAACCAAAGGCGCUAAAAAUGAAGAACCGAUUCAAAACGGACUGGCAGGGCCAGGCAGAGUAAACAAACCGAGAUUUUUAUUGCAUUUUGUUAGGAAUAUCCUAAUACACGCACUACCCGAAAACCGUUUCUCGAUUCACUAUAGAUUCAUUGAAAAAUCUGUCAACACAUUUGACGUAUGUCGAAAUCAAUGAAAAAUAAUCAAUAAUGCUACUUUCGUCAAUUGGCAAUGUUUUGACCAAUGUACCAAAGCAUUUUCUCAGUGUGUAACAUUUUGGAACAUCGUGAGAGUUUUCUACGCUAAGUUUUUUACGUUUUUGGGAGUGUUUUACUCAACAUAUUGAUUCACAUCAGUAUUAGUCGUGUUCGGCAGUAUAUUUUACAAUACCGGGCAUUGGAGUGUGCAUCUAGCUUGAGCCUGUUGUAACGUUAUUUGCUGUUAAUUCUGGUCAAGUCUGAUAGUUUUUGGCACUAUACCGACCGUUAGCACCAGCACCGCUUCGUACUUCAAUAAGCAGUCUGUGUCAUCCUGUGUUCUGCUGUCAACAUUGAACAAAGCAGAGAUGGAGAAAAAACAAUGCGGAGAGUGUCAACACGAAAUCAAUGAUCUUGAGCCAAUACGUUGUGGAAUGUGUGAUACUCCUUUUCACAUUAGCCAAAAUUGCUGCGGAUUCAAUUUGCGCUCAUGCAAGGAUGUUUUCGCCCAAGGCAAGAUAAUCACCCCUAUUCUGUACGUCGAUCGAUUUGAAAUAUUCCGAUCGAAUGUGCAAUUUCCAUUCUGCAUUCCGUUCGAGUUGGGUAUGAACUCGAAUAUCAUUCGUUCGAGUUGUUAAAUUUUCGAACAUUACUCGAUCGACUUACGUACGUAUUACUUAUGUUCGGUUCAGAAUCGUUCUAAUUUGUUUAUACAAGUGUGAUGGUUUUGUUUACUAAGUAAUUAAUAAUAUAAAUAAUAUAGAACGUGUAAGUAGUGUUGACAGCUUUGAUGGUUAGUGUUCGAAAUUUCAAGUGUUCCCGAACGAGAGUCGAUCGAAUCAUACAAGUCGAACGGAAUAGAGAAUGCAAAAUUCGAACUCGAACGAAAGUGUAGAUUCGUUCGUAUCACAAAUCCGUCGGAUUGCAGAAUCGGAGUGAAUAUUUAUUUGUACAUCUUGUAGAGGUGAGCUUAAUGGUCGAUCUAUUCGUGCGUACAUGGCAGAUCAAAACAAACGUUUGUCUCCAAAUGAGACAACUGACAAUCACCCCUAUUCUAUACGUCGAUCGAUUCGAAAUAUUCGGAUCGAAUGUGCAAUUUCCAUUCUGCAUUCCGUUCGAGUUGGGUAUGAACUCGAAUAUCAUUCGUUCGAGUUGUUAAAAUUUCGAACAUUACUCGAUCGACUUGCGUACGUAUUACUUCUGUUCGGUUUAGAAUUGUUCUAAUUUGUUUAUACAAGUGUGACCGUUUUCUUUUACCACGAAAUGAAUAAUAUAAAAAGAAAAAGAACGUGUAAGUAGUGUUGACAGCUUUGAUAGUUAGUGUUCGAAAUUUCAAGUAUCCCGAACGAAUCAUACAAGUCGAACGGAAUAAAGAAUGCAAAAUUCGAACUCGAACGAACGUGGAGAAUCGUUCGUAUCACAAAUCCGUCGGAUUGCAGAAUCGGAGUGAAUAUUAAUAGACAAAUUGAACAAUUGUCUGGUAUUGUUGAAGUACUCAGCAAAAAAGUUGAUUUUAUUGCAAAUACUUCAAUUCAGAAACCCUCUACGACUCGUGAUCCCAUGACACCUUUAUGGCCAAAUUCUAACAGGAAGCGUCUUCGUGUGGAUAAUGACACAUCAACACUACCACCUGCCGAUCGAGGCACUAACUCAAUGGAUUUUGAUGAUCUCUCAGUUGCUUUCGUCACACCGGCAGCACCUCCACCUAGAUUUUGGCUCUAUCUGUCGGGCUUUCAACCAUUGAUAAGCAAUGAUGAUGUAAAAAAAAUAGUCACCCGUUGUCUUCAUUCGUCUGAUCCAUUUGAUGUUAUUCGACUUGUGCCUAAGGGUGUGGACAUAGCCAAUAUGACCUACAUUUCUUUCAAGAUUGGUCUUGAUCCAGCGCUCAAGCAGCAAGCUCUCGAUCCUGCGUGUUGGCCAACCGGCUUGGUGUUUAGAGAGUUUGUCAACGUUUCAAAAAACGUGAUGUGAUCGCUUAUUUUUCCCCGAGACCAACCAGCAGUAACGACACCGGUUCUCCGGAUGACAAUUGUUUGAAUGCAACACGUUUUUCGGUGGACGGUGGGAGCCCAAGGGCUCCCAUCAGAGGCGAGUAUUUGGAUGUAUUUAGUUCUACUGCAUUCAAUCAUUGUCCUUUACAGCAUUUGCCUGUUUGUGAUAGUGAUAUUUCGAUUUAUUAUCAAAACGUGCGAGGCUUAAGAACGAAAAUCGACGAUUUGUUUCUGACAUCCACCGAUUGUGACUUCGACAUAAUUGUACUAACUGAAACUGGACUCGACAAUUGCAUCACGUCGCUCCAGCUAUUUGGAACUGCCUACAACGUGUUUCGAUGCGAUCGUUCUUUUCGUAACAGUAAUAAAUCUCGGUUUGGUGGCGUUCUGAUCGCAGUCGCUCAUCGGUACACAAGCAUGAUGGUAACGACGACCAAUGGACAAAAUCUAGAACAGCUAUCUGUUUCGAUUCGUAUAAACAAUAGGUAUGUAACAGUAUGUGCCAUUUAUAUCCCUCCGGAUCGAAGUCAAGAUUUGAAUGUGAUAAAUGAGCACAUUGCUUCUGUGAAUGAACUCCUUGAUAAAAGUUCCGAUCGUGAUACUGUUUUAGUCUGUGGUGAUUAUAAUCAGCCACGAAUGCGUUGGGCACGGAGUGAAAGCGGUACUUUUUGCAAUACUUCGCAAUUGCCUCCAGCCAGUCACACUUUACUAGACGGUAUGGAAUUUCUGAGCCUCGUACAGGCGAAUCUCGAGUGUAACUUAUUAGGACGCACACUUGAUUUGGUUUUUAUCCCGAUAAGUAGCCAGACUAGAGUCGAUCGUUGCCCUGCCCCGCUGCUUCCCGUAGACAGCCAUCAUCCACCGCUUGGUAUAUAUAUCCCUGAAAAAAAAGGAAACGCACAACUUUCGUCAAACAGUAGCAGCAGUACGGUGCGCCCAUUGAAUUAUCGUCCGAUAGAUUUCUCUGCUCUUUCGGAUCAUUUGAACAGUAUCGAUUGGACUUUAUUGUUCUCAACUGGCGAUGUUGAUGAUAUGGCAGAUGGUUUUUGUUUGGAGAUUAACCGAUGGCUUGACCUAAACGUUCCUCGUGUCAAACCGCUCGUUUCCCCUGCAUGGAGUACGACUCAACUGCGUCGUUUGAAACGUGAGCGCAACGCAUUUCAACGUAAACUACAUCGUCAACGGACCUCUCUCAAUAUUUCUAAUUAUCAUCGAUCAGUCAAUGCGUAUAGAUCACUCAAUGCUAGCUUGUAUAAAUCGUACGUCCUUCGAAUGCAAUCUAAUCUAAAACGUAACCCACGUAGUUUCUGGCGGUUUGUGAACUCUAAAAGGAAAUGCUCAUCCAUUCCGGCAGAUGUUUUUCUUCAUAGUGAGGUUGCAUCGUCAGUUUCAGAAUCCUGCGAGUUGUUUGCAAAACACUUCGCAGGUGUUUACUCAGUAAAUUCGACGUCUUUAAAUGAGGCUGAAGAAGCUACCACCUACGUUCCCGUGGAUAUGGUGAAUUUGAGCACUUUUAUCGUUACUCCAGAGAUGGUUAAAAAAGCUGCAAAAAAAUUGAAAUGCUCGUUCGCUCCCGGGCCUGAUGGAUUACCCGCUGCUAUUUUAACUCGUUGUAUUACUGCUUUAGCAGGACCGCUUAGCACUAUUUUCAAUCGAUCGUUUGAACUAGCAAAAUUUCCACUUGUAUGGAAACAAUCAUUCAUGUGCCCCGUAUUCAAGAAUGGGGAUCGACGAAAUGUGGCAAAUUAUCGCGGGAUAACCAGUCUCUCUGCUUCUUCAAAACUUUUUGAAAUUAUCGUCAGCGAGGCUAUCAUGGAUCGUGCAAAGAACUACAUCUCAUUCGACCAACAUGGGUUUAUGCCAGGACGAUCAGUAACAACUAAUUUAAUUACGUUUACGUCAAAGUGCAUCGCUUGCAUGGAGACUAAGGCACAGAUGGAUGUUAUCUAUACGGAUCUAAAAGCUGCUUUUGACGAAAUUGACCAUAAAAUACUGUUGUGCAAAUUGUCUCAUCUCGGAUUUUCUGCUCAGCUUGUGUCGUGGUUAAACUCGUAUCUUUGUGGUAGGAUUUUACGAGUAAAAUUGGAUAAUUGUACGUCAUCGCAAUUUUCGAAUUGUUCUGGAGUUCCACAAGGCAGUAAUUUGGGACCAUUGCUAUUCACACUGUUCUUCAAUGAUGUUUCAUUGGCUCUGGGAGAUGGUUUCAAACUGAUAUAUGCAGACGACUUAAAAUUGUAUGUCGUAGUUAGAACUGUGGAGGAUUGUCGGCGACUACAGCAUCAACUACAACUCUUCGUCAAUUGGUGCUGCGUGAAUAAACUUUUCAUCAACGUUUUAAAGUGUCAGGUGAUGACGUUUCAUCGUAAUAUGCAUCCUGUUAAAUUCGACUACUGUAUUGGUGGUUCAGUCCUGACUAGAGUGAACCUGGUGAAUGAUUUGGGAAUACAAAUGGAUGAAAAAUUGACAUUCGAUUCACAUCGAUCAUUAAUAAUCACGAAAGCGUUACGUCAAUUGGGAUUCAUCUCUAAAAUCGCUAAGGAAUUCAAAGAUCCACAUUGUUUGAAGGCUUUGUACUGUUCACUGGUUCGGCCAAUCCUUGAGACCGCGUCAGUUGUUUGGUUUCCUCAUCAAAUUUCAUGGUGCAUGCGAAUUGAACGUGUUCAAAAACGCUUCGUUCGUUUGGCACUGCGACACCUGCCGUGGCGAGAUCCAGCAAAUCUGCCACCCUAUCCUGAUAGAUGUAAACUAAUUGGUAUCGAUACUUUGCAACGUCGCCGAAAAAUUCAGCAAGCAUUGUUCGUCGCAAAAUUGAUUAACGGAGAGAUUGAUGCACCUGAGUUACGUUGUGAAAUGAAUUUUCGGACACCGAGUAGAACACUGCGAAAUGCAACUCUGCUUCAGCACAGAUUCCACAGGACUCUUUUCGGAUAUAAUGAACCGAUAGCCGCUUGUAUUCGAACGUUCACUGCAGUCGAAGAUCACUUCGAGUUUGGUGAAUCAUCUAGUCGCUUUGCUAGUAAAAUUAAACGAUGUGCCAUUAUGUUUUGACAAUGUUUUACAAUAUUUAUUUUUAUGUUAUUUAUUUAGUAUGUAGUUAGCCGUUUUAAGAUUAUUGUAGUUGUUUUGUUCUUGUUUUUGUUCCUGUAACUGUUUUAAAAGAUGGUGGUUUUUACGCCCGUAUGAGAAUGACAAACAAGACUCAACUCAAAUGAGCUUUUUCCCACCCAAUCUGUCCAUUUAGAUUCGUUUAUCCGAUGGACAUAAACAGAAAUAAAUAAAUAAAUAAAUAAACAAAAGUGUAUGCGCGGACUUACGACAAUAUAGUUUUCCACGAAAAAAGCAGAUCUGUGAUAUUAUGAAAGUGAGACUUGCUGUGGAGUUGGAGAUAUUUAAUGGGAUCGAGUUGCUAUUAAGCUUGUUGAAAAAUACGCUGAUUAAUUUGGAAAGAAACUGUUUUGCUUCCAAUCGUAGAAACCGUUAUGAAUCCUUCGUCAAACAAAAGCGAAAAUUAUCAAAACACACUAAAAACGAGUCGACUGUCAUUUUUUUCCACUUGAUAUGCAAAAUUAGCUCUUACUAAUGUUUUCGAGCAAAACUGGCUUUCACACAAGUGCGAGUAACAAAACGACGAAUGAACACUGUGACUUUCGCAAAAUGACGUAACUAAAAGAAGCACUUAGGGCAUAUUCAGUAGUGUUCUAGUUCUAGAUGCAUAAUUUAUGUCAGUUACAAAAUUUAAAUCUGAAUUUUAUAGCAAGAAAAACUGGCAGCCUCAGCAGUGUUUUACUCCCCACUUAGAAAAAAACGUUCUACGGUGGUCCUUCAUUGGUCCAAUACGUUGAAUCAUUGGUCCAAUGAAAGUCCAAUCAAUCGUUCAACGGGAGGCCGGGACCUUCGUUAGCCGAUUUUGAAACAGACCGUUGAACCGAAUGCCAUUUUUUCCGUUCAACAAACCCGGCAGACAGAGGUCCAUUGUUGAGCCAUUUUUAACAUGAGAGUUGGAGCCAAUCUUGUAUGCCAAGAAUCCGACAGAAAAGAACCGCUAGGCGAAAUUCUUUGCCGGAAACGGUUGUUGCAUUGUUGCCAGACUUCUUUGGUUUUAUUUUUUCCAUUAGAAGUUAAAAUGAAAAGCAAUAAUAUAGCUUUUGCACUACCAAACAUGAUAUGCAAAGCUUCUUCUUAAAAUAUACCAGUAUUUUCAUUUCAUUUACCUGGUCUCAAGACUCGUUUUCAUUUUUGGAUGAACAUGCAGGAUUAACGAAUAUCAAAUGAAGUCGAAAAGAAUAAAAGACGGUAGAGCGAUCUUGCAAGACGUGAUGUGACGUGACGAGAGAAUGACGCAAAUUCCGGAAUAUUCCCAGGCUUCUGCCGGUUGCCAUAAUUUCUAACGAGCGGAUAGCAACGGGGAUCUGAGCAAAUCUGAUGGGCGAUCAGUGGUGCCACCAUGAUAAUUCAUCAUCAUGCUGGAACAAAAUUUCAUGUCAGCAUUUUUGCAUUUCAAGAUACCUGAGCAUGCAGUUCCCAUGCAAACUGCUCUCGAAAUCUUUAACUUAACGGUUGUUGGGAUUGGAAAUGGGUUGGUUUUAACUUGGAAUUGAUUCAAAAACAAGAAACUGUCAUUUGCUAAUGUCGUCAACAGGAAAAGUUACCGAGAACUGAAAAAAAAUAUUGGAAUGUUUUUUUUUUUUGUCAGAAGGUUGGUUGAUUUUGUUUAUUAUUAUUUUCGUUUGAUUAAUCUCUCAUAAUCUCAUCUAACAAUGGUUGUGAUAUCGGAAUUUGAUCACCUAGGUCAUGUUGUAUUCGGCCACUGUCUUUCAGGUGCGAUUCAGAAAGUGAAAACUGUAUCAACAGGCAGAAAUUUGUUUUCUCUAUAAAAUAAGUUUACCGAAAAAACUUCGAUUUCUAAAAUUGUUUCUACUAACAAGGUACAGUAAAACACACUCACAGUAGCCAUUGAUGCAUUACCUGUACAUGUAAUUAUAAAUGUCGAGCUUAGGUGUAUAAAAAUCGCUCAUCAUAACCAACACACUACACACCCUUUCAGUACUUUACUUCCGUGGCAAGCCAAGUUCAUAUUUCUCACCAAUCAAUCAAUCAGAACAAUUAACAUGAACAUUUUUCGCCGAUAUUGGGAAAACAGCUUUAAAAAAUUACACACUCGAAUGAAACCUCAACAGAAACGACAUGGCACAAAACGCAGAGUUUCUUGGAAUGUACCUAAAUCUGAGCUGAAAGAAUGGAACAAUGUCACUUCGUUCGAUUUUUAGACACAUUUUAUUUCUACGCCUGCUUUUACAUUCCCAUACUUAGCCAACCUGACGUUUUUCCCCCUCCCCGUCGAAUCGGUGGAAGGUGCGUCGAACGGGCAGCACCAAAAUCGAAAAAAAAACCUUGAUGACAUACCAAAGAAAAACCACCCUGUAGCCUUCACGUUUUUUGCAUGCACCACUUGAAACUAUGGUAGGAAGAACAAACUUUAUAUAUAUACAACUGCUAAUCUGUAGCUAAAAUUUUUAAAUUACUGUAACCGUGCAAUGUGAGCCAAAACAAAAAAAAAUCAACUUAGAUUAGAAGCACAUUUUGUAAAUAAACUCAAACCAAACUUCGAUGUCUUAGGGAAUCAACAAUCAUAUAAUGUGCUGUACGAAACAUAGAUUCAAUGUCGUAGCCAAAUAUUUCGAGAAAUGUAUUUAAGUUGAAUAAUUAGAUCAUUUAUCAGCGUUGUUUCCACAACAGUCAUUAUUAUUAAAAAAAAAAAAACAUCGCUUCAAGAGCAAAUUGUUACGUUUUAUCUAACUAACUAAAGUAUUUUAAUUCAUUUUACUUUGCUGUAUACUACCGCGCCAAUUAACUGAAUAUUGUUACUAAACAAGCAUUGUAUGAUACGAAAGCGAAUAGAUAUACUUUAUGUCAAGUUUGUAAUUUAUUACGUGUUCGUAAGCACGACCAGUAGAAUUUUAUUUGCUAUUCAAUCGUUUGUCACAAUGCUGCUUGAAACGGAGCUCUGGUGACAAAUACUUGAGUUGUUAAGAAUGACUAUCAAGCAGACAAAAUUACAGAAACAAAAUCUAAAGUCUUCAAAAAAAAACCAAAUCGAAAACUAUCUUUGUGAAAUCGACAGACAUUCUGUAAUAAUGGCAUCCCUGUUUACUCCCCUGUGAGAAAUUCAGCAGGAACGCUACUAAGCCGGAUAGAUCAACCAGAGUGGAUGUGAAAAGAGUAACGGAAACUGUUAGUUAGGAAGAAACGUUUUUCUCAGUGUCAUUAGAAAUUAAGCAUUGCAGAUGAAAUUUUUUAUUUAUUACCAACAUUUGUCCAAGCCAGUCCAAAAUCGUUCAACAUUGUUUACAUGCAAGUUUCAUGUUUAGUUUUUUCUUAUUGUAAAUGACAAAUACUGCGAAAUAAACCGAAAUCAAAACAAAAUGAAUUAUGACAUUUAGAUAUGACGACAAUUGCCUUACGAUAGAAAAGGGCAAUGUGCUAGUGUAUCAUUUUAAACAUAUUUUCAUCAUAGUUUGAAAGGAUUUGACGUGCUUAAUUUGUUUUUUGUUUUUUUUACAAUCAAUUCGUAAUGAAACAAAUGAAAUCACAUCGCAAAUAUUUUCUAUAUUUACGACUCGCACAGCAGUGAAAUUUUUGCUCUAGAAGAAAAAAAUGGUUCUAUUUUUCGUAUUGCGAUCUGUCAUCGACACAUCUGCAAAGUAAUUUGCGACUGAAAAAGCUGCUUAAAACAUUCUUCAACUGACGGAUUUCCAAGACAAUCGCUAGAUAAUAUAAUGUUCCAUCGAACGUCGGACAGUGGACAAAGCGGCUAGAAUUAGGACACCCAAAACCUACGCUAACUUAUCAAAAUAUAAAUGAUACUGGUUGUAUUUACGAUACGUGAAAAAACUUGAUACUGAAAAAACACAAACAUGAAAAAAAAAACUGAAAGAUCCUUUAGAAAUCAUUCGAAACAAAAUUAGGUGGUGCAACAAAAUUGAUUGCAUUCGUUCGAUUAGUCGAUGCUGUCUUAUGUUGCAAACAUUAUUGGUAUUAGAAGUCAACUUUUGGCCUCUCAUUGGAAGCGACUGAAACAUGAUUGAGAAAAACAUCUUACAAGACCCCUUUGAUGCAGAUUGAUUUGGAUCCGAGAAGUGCAAUACCCGUGACCGGAAUGUGUAUGUAUUGAGUAAAUAUUUUUCGAGAGUAAAUAAAACAAAAUAUCUGUUCAUCUCACAUUA